UUUUAUCACAAAUUUAUUAAAUAAAACAUGUUGUAAUGUAUAAUUUGAACAGAUUUAUUCAAAGUACUUUUGUAUCAAUAAAAUUGAAGUAUUUUAUAAUUAAGUGCAAAGAAUACCAAGUUAAAAAUGAAUACUUGUGCUGACCUAUUAAAAGAUUUUGAACCAGGUCCAUUGGAUAAAUACAGAAAUAAAUCUACUAUAGAUUGGAAAAAAAUGAAAGUUUUUAUUGAAACUGAACAAAUACUACGUUUUAAGAUGAGAGCUUGGAACUAUUUUGAAUCUAAUCCAUUGUUUAAACAUGAAAAUGAAACACCAUCAUUAGAUGAACAGCGAAAAAUGGCUCUUUUAAGAAUGUAUGAUAUUUUGGAAAAAAACUUAUUUCCAUUUGAAGAAAUAAUGAUUAAUCCAAAACUUGCUAUGUCUAAAACAAUAACAAUUUUUCAAUAUUGCCCAUCUGUUGCUAUAAAACUUGGACUUUCGUUUGAUAUGUUUGCAAAUGUUAUUUUCACUAUGGAUAAUGGUAGAAAUUCAGAUAUCUACCAGUAUGCAAUUGAAGGAAAAGUGCCUGGGUGUUUUGCACUGACUGAAAUUUCUCAUGGUACAAACACAAAAGGAAUGAGGACAAUAUGUACUUAUAAUAAUGAAAAAAGACAAUUUAUUUUGCAUACUCCAGAUUUUGAAGCAGCUAAAUGUUGGGUUGGAAGUUUAGGGAAAUCGAGUACACAUGCAAUCAUUUGGGCCAAUUUAAUCAUGAGUAAUGGCGAUAAUAAUGGAUUGCAUGCAUUUGUUGUAAAAAUUAGGGAUGUAAAAACAAUGCUACCAUGUUCUGGGGUUAUUAUUGGAGACUUGGGUGAAAAAGCAAAUUUAAAUGGAGUGGACAAUGGUUUCAUUAUAUUUGACAACUACCACAUUCCAAAAGAAAGUUUACUUAGUAAAGCAGGUGAUAUUAAUGAUGAUGGUUUAUAUGUAACACCAUUUAAAGACAAUACAAAAAGAUUGGGUGCUUCAUUAGGGAGUUUGUCAGCAGGUAGAUUAACUAUUGUCAACAUUUGUGUAGCAUACAUAACAAAAGCUGUACCCAUUGCUAUAAGAUACACAGCAGUAAGAAAACAAUUUGGACCAAAAGAAAGUGAAGAGUUACCAGUCAUGGAGUAUCAGCUUCUGCAAUGUCGAUUGAUUCCAUACUUAGCAGUUGCUUAUGCAUUGAAAAUAUAUGGAGAUUAUGUAUCAAGAGUAUAUGAGUCAUUUAUAUUGGAAAUGUUAACAAAUAGUAGUUCUAAUAAAAUUCAAUCAAUUGGAACUGAUAUUCAUGUUAUUUCAAGUUGUACCAAACCUUAUGCAGCAUGGGUUACUCGAGAUGCAAUACAGGAAUGCAGGGAAGCUUGUGGUGGACAUGGAUAUCUAAAAGGUUUU